UUUCCUUAUCUCGAGCAAAUAUGCGCGCCAAGGAAAAUCGAUAAAGCCGAUCUGUUCACCACGUUGUUUCCGCCGAUGAGUGCCGCCUGUCACACGAUAUACAGGAUGUAUUCGAGACAAUUCAAGGUUUUAUAACACACACAUACAUAUCAAUGUUAUUACGCCGCUAAUACCAAGAAUACUCUCGUCUAAUAUAUCUAGACAUAGCAUUCAUCAUUUCCUGAAGUAUUAGCUUGACAAAUUACACGCGUACACACUGACUCAUCGGAAAUUCGCUAAUGAUGCUACAACAAGAAGGAAAAGAAAGACACUCUGCACGCGUGUAAACGGACGUCAAAGGUUGCCUAGCGAUGAACGAAUCAACAAACGAAUCAUUUUGGAUCAUUGGCAGUCGGAGCUGAGGCUCAUCAUUCAGCGUUUUGAUUCUGUUUUGCCACAAUAAUCGAAUCGUCUCAUUAAUAUCGCGUGAUUUAAAAAUGUCGUGCAAAGUGGAAAAAAUGAAGAUAGCUGCAAAUUACAAAGUGAACGAACCGAUACAUAAUUUGAAGAUAAGAGUGCGAGUCGCUCAGCAGAGAUCUCCGCUGGCCGAGCUGUUGGCCGAGGAAUCCAAGGGCGGUGAGACCAGAGACUCUAAUUUCUUGGAGGAGGAGGACCAUAUUUUUAACUGGCAGGAGAAAGUGUUCGGUCCAUUUGAGAUAGAUUUCUAUGCGGACGAGAAGAAUUGUCUGUCCGAUUGUCAGAAGGAGUAUCAUCGGCGUAUCAAUGAUGAGCAGCUAAAGGGUGCCCGAUUAUACUCUUACACCGAGAACGACUCUUACUAUAUUGAUAAUAAUCUUUUGACAACACCUUACAGGUCGUAUUUGUCGAAGAAGAAUCAAACCGCGUUGCCGGCCAUGCAAAAUCGUAAGCCCUUUCGGGAGCGAUACAAUAAAAGAGUGCUGGACAACAAAUCCAUAAAAGCCAGGAUCCGAUCGAGCCAUUAUUUUUACACCGAACGCAUUAGCAUGCACGUGAUGGCCGAUCUGUCUCAUAGAGAUGAACCCGCGACCGGCGGAUCGGCGGACUCGGAGACGCUGCUCUGCUCUGUGAUUUAUGACAAGGCUCGCAAACAGCUGACGAUUAAUCCCGAUUUCACGAUCGAUGACGAAAGGCACUAUAGUGUCAUCAACGGCCACGGUGUCAAGUUCAAUUAUUGGAUCGAGCACGUUUCCGCGGGGCCGACGUUGACGGAAUUGCAGGAGAAAUGCGAAGCUACACGGCGUGAAGUACAACAAGAGCUUGAUUAUAAAGAAGCAGAGUUAUACAAGGAACUACAAUUGCCACCGGCGAAUUUAUCUACUCUAUUUUUAAAUUUGGACAUUGUCUCAGCUCAUGGUUUCUCCUAUGACGGAUUGUUUAUUACCUAUUUUAUCGAUUUGCCACAACAUUGGACUACAAAACAGAAAGAGAGAUUAUUCGGAAGAACGCAGAGGUGUCUUUUAGAAAAUAAAUCGGCGCAUUUUAGUUAUUGUACGGAUAUAUCCUUGCAUUAUCCAUCAAAUGAUUUUCAACAAUUAACUGAUGAUACACACAUCGGCAAGACUUUGACCCCUCGUUUAUUAUUUUCCGUAGCGUCUUUGGAUAGUUGGACCAGGUAUCGAAUAGAGGGAUAUGCGGCGUUACCAAUACCAAUGAUACCUGGUACAUAUAAAUUUACAGUCCCUACAUGGCGUGCAAAAGGCAAUAUCAUCGAUGCGUUGAGACGUUUUUUCGUUGGUGGUUCUUACGAGCUCGAAGAUAUUACAUAUUGCAGUAUUCCAAUGGCGCAUGAGGGUACAAUUUUAGACAAAUCAAAUUUAAGGAUUAUAUCAAGUGGAGAUAUUGAAAUUAAUAUGAAUAUUGUAAUUCAAAAUGGUAUACAUAUGAAACAUUUUGAUUAUGAAAUCGAUAAUUCCGAUAGAAUAAGAACUGAUACACUAAUGAAUAAUGUUGAAAAUGUUCUUGAACAAUUUAAAGCGGCUAAGGAACGCAUGAUACGUAUAAGAACGAUUAAUUCUUAGAUGUAUAAAUUAUAAUAAUAAUGUCCAAAUAAUAAUAAUUAAAAAGACUGGUUGAAGUAAAGUUUGUAAAUAAAGUAUAAAUCUCUUUAUGAGAGAGAUGUAAAAAAAAUUAAAAAAUUUAUUUUUUAUUAUAUAUAUAUUGAUGUGUUUUAUAUAUGUACAGUUAUGUUAAUUUUUGGACAAUGGAUGAUGUGACAAUUCAUAAAUGACACAUGAGAAAUGCCAGACAAAUUUUUAUC